AUGCGGGGCCUGCACAAGUGUGGCCCAACAGCGAUAUGGUUGACAGUCAGCAAGGGGUCGCGUGGUGGAGAAUUUUGGAAGAAGCUACCGGACGCAAAGGUUUAUGUUGCUUGUUUUGCCGUGUUUGUCUUUUCGGACAACAAGGCUCAGGCUUUUGUGAACGCAUCCCAGGAUUACCCGAAUACAUCCCAGGCAAACCUGGCGAAGAAAUCGGCCUUUCGGCCACCAAGGCACAAACCAGGUGUCCUGGCCAAAGUCCAGUACUGCACCGUGUUCACGCAUCCAGCGGCUGCCAAGAAUGAGAUCGAUGCCUUCGACUAG